GAAUUAUAUUAUUCCGUCGACCACCUGUCACGAACUGCAUUCCAGAAGCUCUCCAAAAUAAUUCAUUUCCAUUUUAAGAAGAGACAGAGACGGAAAGCACUCGCUGUUACUCCUAAAAAAAGUUGCCGUGAAAUCAGUGAAGAAGACAUGACGGAUUAUUAUGAUGUUCUGGGUGUGUCACGAAGCGCCUCUCCGGAGGACAUUAAGAAGGCGUACAGGAAGCAGGCUCUGCGAUGGCACCCGGACAAGAACCCAGACAACAAAGAGGAGGCGGAGAGGAAGUUUAAGGAGCUGGCUGAGGCCUAUGAAGUUCUGUCAGACCGAAGCAAGUCAAAGGCGUAUGAUACCCAUGGCAAAGACAGAAUGCCCAACAACACAGGCUCAAGUAGUCAUCCUGCUCCGGAAGAUUUCCCAGGGUUCACCUUCACAUUCCGCAGUCCCGAGGAAGUGUUUCAGGAAUUCUUCAGAGGCCAGGAUCCUUUCGCCAAUUUCUUCGACGACGUUGCCUUUGGAAGAGGGAUGCACAGUGGCUUCCAUGGACAUCCUGGCACUUCCAGGCUCGGCCCCAGUCGGUUCUCCUCCUUCCCCUCCACUGGAGUGCAUGACUUCACCUCUUUCUCGUCCUCCAUGGGUGGAAUGAAUGGGAUGGACCGUAUUGGAGGAAGGAUGGGGAAUUUCAAGUCUGUCUCCACUUCUACGCGCGUCAUCAACGGCAAAAGCACCACCACCAAGAAGAUCAAAGAAAACGGUCAGGAGAGAACAGAGAUCGUGGAAGACGGGGUCUUGAAGACGGUGCUCAUCAAUGGUGUGGAGGAUGAGUUGGCUUUGUCUCGAGAACUCAGCAAGACAGACCAACCGGCCCCUAGUCAACCCACAGCCAGGCAACACCUCCAGCAGCAGGCAGAGAGGAUGGUACCAGUGGAGCUCCGGACCCAACCACACCGACCCAGCCCCAUCUCCGGCCCCCGGUCUAUGGCCCAGCGCUCCUUCAGCUCAGCCUCCUACCCUGACGUCCCCAGUGAGGAGGAGAAGGAAGAUCUUCAGGAGAAGGAAGAUCUCCAGAUGGCCUAUAUGUCACCACCCAGCAGCCCAUCUCCGCUGAUCCACAGGGAGCUACCAGAGGGGGUCCCAGAGCCUCCUACACACCUCCCGGAGCAGAGAGGCACUGUGGAUCCUGCUGCUAAAUCCACCAGCAGCAGCAAUGUAAAAAUGACAAAUAAGUGUUGCUGUGUGGUGUGUUAAGUUUAUGGUGUGUGUGUUGAUUGUAUAGUGUGUGUGUAUGUGUGAGUGAGUGAGUGUGAUGCUCAGGGCAGAGGACAGACAGGAGACCACUGGUCUCAGUUCUACUCUGGUGUUAUGCUGACAAUGACCAUCAUAAAGUACACUGUAUAUUAUAAACUGGUUCGUUUGACCCCUGAAUGCUGAUUGGCUGACAGCUGUGGUAUAUCAGACCGUAUACCACAGGUAUGAAAAAAACUUUUUU